GGCAUCGAUAGUCUGUGUCGAUAUUCAGGGUUGUGUUGUGAGCAUUUUUGCAUGUUGAAAACGCCGAAAUUAAGUUUUUGGUUUUGUUUAUAAAAAUAGCUCCAAAAUGGCGGCCGGUCCAAUUGCUGAACGCAACCAAGAUGCCACCAUCUACGCCGGCGGUCUGGACGACAAGGUGUCGGAAACGCUGCUCUGGGAGCUGUUUGUGCAGGCAGGACCCGUGGGUAAGUCUAGUCACACAUGUAUAGUCCUCACCAGCUCCCUAAUCGUCAUGCUUUCAGUGAAUGUACACAUGCCCAAGGAUCGGGUCACUCAAAUGCACCAGGGCUACGGAUUCGUGGAGUUCCUCAGCGAGGAGGAUGCCGACUAUGCUAUAAAGAUCAUGAACAUGAUCAAGCUCUAUGGCAAGCCCAUUCGCGUAAACAAGGCGUCGGCGCAUCAGAAGAAUCUGGACGUCGGCGCCAACAUCUUCAUUGGCAACUUGGAUGUGGAGGUAGACGAGAAGCUGCUGUACGAUACGUUCUCCGCCUUUGGUGUUAUUCUGCAGACGCCGAAGAUUAUGAGGGAUCCGGAGACGGGCAAGUCAAAGAGCUUCGCCUUUAUCAACUUUGCCAGCUUCGAGGCCAGCGAUGCGGCGAUGGACGCCAUGAACGGCCAGUACCUGUGCAACCGUCCCAUUUCCGUGUCCUAUGCCUUUAAGAAGGAUCACAAGGGCGAGCGUCACGGCUCAGCUGCAGAGCGCCUGCUGGCCGCCCAGAAUCCAUCGGCCCAUGCGGACCGGCCGCAUCAAUUGUUCGCCGAUGCACCUGUGCAGAAUAUGAUGCCCCAGAUGCCGGGCCAGAUGAUGCCACCACCAAUGAUGGCGCCACCGCCGCCGGUGGUGCCCGUUUCGAAUAACAACAUGGGCAUGAUAGCACCGCCGCCUCCCGUUCCCCAGCCUGCUCCAUUCCCAGCCACGAUACCGCCGCCACCGCUGCCACCAAUGGCCGGCGGACAGCCGCCUCUGCCGCCAGCAAUGGGCAUUCCGCCGCCGCCACGCAUGAUGCAGCCAAAUGCCUGGGCACCGCCGGGCAUGCCAGCUCCUCCUCCAAGACCGCCGCCCACCAACUGGCGUCCACCGCCCGUGCCCUUCGCUCCCACGCCCUUCGCACGGCCCUAUCAACCCGACGGCUACCAGUACUAAAAAUCUAGCGUGUAGUGUAUACCAAUUUGGACGAGAGAAAAUAAACUUUAAUAGGAUUUAUUAAUGAAGAAUGCUCUGGGAUAUGUUAAGACUUCUACUCUUCGUCCUCAUAUGCAUUUAACGCCAGAAACCCCUUUUGGGAGAUGUUUAAAUCACCAUUUUAUUCCCAUUUAGUAGUCACAUUAUACACUUCAAAUUCUUACAAGACGAAAUUAAAUGAAUUGGAAAUAGGAUUUAAAAUGAAUGAAAUGCUUCGGUAUAACUUGACAUUGGUCAUAAUCUUUUUAUGGAACUAUUUGUCUCAAUAAAUAUAAAACGAUUUCGCAAAAUGUUCAUCCUAUCAGUUCUAAUUAUAGUUUGUACAUUAAUAUAACUUAUAAAGAAAGCGAU